GUUAGUACGGUGGUUUUACUAUGAUGUGCAUUGUGGUAAGCUUUAUCAGUAGGGUUAGGGGCUCUAAAAGAGAACAAAAUAGAAACCUCUAUGCUAAAGCAGGAUAUAGAAAAAAGGGAACACAAACUCGGAAAACAAGAAGCCCUCUAACCUGCCUAAUUCUUUGGUAGUAUGUUUUUACUAAGAUGAGCAUUGUGGAAAGUUUUAUCAGUAAGGUGUUUUGACUAUGAUAUGCAUUGUGAAAUAUAAAAAACACACAGUACCAUGGAAAUUACUUGAUAUAAGCUUUGUGAGUGGCUUUCUGGGAAAACCGCCAAAUAAACUAUUCCAGGUUUGGAAAGUGAAGUGGGAUAGCAUCCAGAGAUUCUACUUAAGAAGGGCUAUCAGUAUCAAGUGGUUUCAUAAUGGAACAACAAAUUUUUUUUUUUUAUAAUGUGGAACAACAAAUUUAUGAGAAGGCAAAAUCAUCCGUAUAGUCGGAACUUCCUCGAUACAUAAUAUCAUUUUCGUUGCAAUUCAUUAUGUAUAGAGUAAAACACAAUACACGUUGAAGUUAUAUAUUGUACCGGCCAACGGGCCGGGCCCAAUACUAGUUAAGAAUAAGCGCCAUGGUCGCGAGAAAUUAAUGAUUUUGAAACUUGAUAUGGGGAAUGUAUGUAACUACCACUACUUUUUCUGUAAUGGUUAACGGGAAGUCAUCAGGAUAUUUUGCUGCUUUUAAGUAUGGAUGAUGACUUUAUCUUAUUUUAUUAGGUAAAUUUUAUUUUGGAAUCUUGGUUUUUUUUUAAUCGUUGUGCUAUUUUCCCUUUGAAUGUUAGUAGAGGACGUUUAAUGCAUAACUGGCAUAUUGUGCCUAAUUGCAACUAGUCAUCGGGUAUGAUCUUAAGGAAGUUUCACAUUUAUAGGUGCAAGGCAAUCUUGGAUGAGUUUUUUUUAUUAUGAUAUAUUUAUGUUAUUUGUUGAGCGGGAUCGUUUUGUAUAUAUUAUUUAUGUGAGAGGACCUUUUUGUUAUUGACCAGCAGAACCCUAUUACCCUAGUUGAUUGCAAAAGGGUAUAUUAAGGGUUAGCAGCCGCCAGGUUUAGGUGGUUGAAAAAAGAGAGCAGUACUCUAAGCUGCCGAAACUAAGAAGAGAUUAGCUGAGAGCUUCGGCUCUCCGUAGAGUAGUCUCGUUCACACUGAACGAGGAAACCACGUAAAUCGUCGUGUUGUUUGCUUCCGCGUUUACUUUAUUUUACAUGGUAUCAGAGCUGGCGUAAUCGUUCCAGACUGAAAGAUGACUACAAGAGAAGAUAGCGGCUCAGGCGGCAAAACCGUCGUCAUCGACGUAGAUGUUAUUUCGCUGACCUCGCCCCUCUAUCUUCACCCGUCAGAGAAUCCAGGCCAAUUAUUUGGAAGUGAUCUCUUGACAGACUCCAACUAUAGCGAAUGGGUGAAUGAUAUGACUGAAACCCUUAUCGCAAAGAACAAGCUCGUAUUUGUCGAUGGCUCUUUUCCUCGGUCGAAGGCAGGACCUGGAAUCAAGGAUGAUGCAUGGGGCAGAUGCGAUGCAACUGUCAAAGGCUGGCUUAAGACAGCCAUGAGCAAGGAGGUGAGGAACAGCGUUCGCGCGGCGAGAACAGCACGCGAUAUUUGGGCCGACCUACAGCAGCGGUUCGGCAAGGGCUCCGCAACCAGGGCCUAUGAGCUUCGUAUGUCCAUCGGGUCCCUGAGGCAGGAGAAGCUCUUCGUUUCCGUGUUUUACACGAAGCUGAUUACCUACCGGGAUGAGCUUCAUUCAGUUUCACUUACACCGCGCUGCUCGUGCGGAUGUUGUUCUUGUGACAUUGGACGUCAAGUUAGGGAGAAAGAGGAGACAGAGAGGCUUUUCGAUUUUCUGCUCGGUUUGGACGAUGCCUUUGCAGUCAUUCAUUCGCAGAUUCUCAGUGUUAAGCCUACUCCUUCCCUAGCAGAAGCGUACCAGAUGGUGGUUGCAGAAGAGCAGCAGAAGCACAUCACUGGUGGGCGACGUCCACAGGUAGAAGCAGCUGCUUUCCAAUCUCGGCAGGAGAGGGAAGGUGAAGAUGAGAAGCCCCGCUGCAGUCAUUGUAACAAGCUUGGUCAUUCACGGGAAGCUUGUUUCAAGUUAAUUGGCUACCCAGGGGAUCAAGGCAAAGGGCGCCAAGGAGAGCGAGGGGCAGUUCAGCGCCGAAAUAAGGGAGAGGGCAAGCAGACUCAGCCAAGAGCAGCGAACGUUGAAGUGGACGACAACCCAAUUCCUGGCCUAUCCGCAGCUCAGUUUGCGCAGCUAAAGCAAAUGCUGACGCCUCCUCCAGUGCCGACCCCGGAUCCGACAGCACACAUGGCCGAUAAAUCUCCUGAACUGUUUGAAUGGCUCGUAGAUUCAGGAUGUAAUGAACACAUAGUUCGAGAUGCAAGCUGGCUAAGUGAGGUGGAUACUGCGGGUACUUACCCUCCCGUUCGCAUCCCGGAUGGGACUAGUAUACCGGUGCAAGGAAUUGGAUCAGUUGUUUUAAAUAAACACCUUCGGUUAGAACGUGUUCUCCAUGUGCCCUCAUUCAAGUGUAAUCUGUUAUCGGUUAGUCGACUGACAAAAGAAAAUCGUGUGAUCUUAACCUUCAUGGGGGAUUUUUGUAUGAUUCAGGACUCGCGCUCUAAGACUAUGAUUGGACUGGGACAAGCUCGUGAAGGGCUAUACUAUCUCCAGCGGACAGAGGGCUUAGGCAAACUAGAUGAGAAGUCGUUUGCAGUCUUUGCUGCCGCGGCCAGCAAGACAUCUUUGGCGCUUUGGCAUGCUAGAUUGGGGCAUCCGUCCGUUGCAAAACUUCAUACAUUGAGGACCUCGUUGUUUUUGUCGGAUUUUUCUUUUAAAGCACAAGAUUGUGACUCGUACUUACGUGCUAAACUCACUAGGGAACCUUUUUUGUCUCAUCCGAUUAAGACUCGCUCCUGUUUUGAUGUUGUGCACAUGGAUAUUUGGGGAGGUUAUCGUACUCCGGCUUUAGAUGGUUCACGGUAUUUUCUCACAGUCGUGGAUGAUUUCAGUAGAGCAACAUGGGUUUACUUGCUCAAAUUCAAGUCCGAUGUUGAGCGCUAUGUUCGACUUUUUUGUCAGAUGGUCAGGACUCAAUUUGCAGGUCAGGUUCGAUGUAUCCAGGCUGACAACGGGAUGGAGUUCCAGUGUGGGAGCUUGUUGGACUAUUAUGAACAACAUGGAAUCCGUUUCCAGACUUCCUGUGUCAAUACUCCACAGCAAAAUGGAGUUGUCGAGCGCAAACACAGGCAUCUUCUUGAGACAGCACGAGCGCUCCGUUUUCACUCUGGUCUGCCCGUUCGGUUUUGGGGGGAGUGCGUCCUCACGGCGACUUACCUGAUUAACCGCUUACCUUCCAGUGUUGUCGGUAAUCGAACCCCUUACGAAGUUUUACUUGGUCGUCCGCCUACCUAUCAUCACCUGCGGAAUUUUGGUUGCCUUGUCUACACUAAGGAUACCGGUCACGGCCUAGAUAAGUUCGUCGAGAGGGGGAGACGUGGUGUGUUCAUCGGUUACCCAACUUCACAAAAGGGGUACAGGGUGUAUGAUUUUCGAUCUCGGCGAAUUAUCACGUCACGUGACUGUCAUUUUGUGGAGGAUAGCUUGCCUUACAAGGCUAGCAUGGAUGAUAAUGGUGGCGAUGGGAUACCACGUUCGGUGGACAUGUGUCCCAACCAGCACCUCACGGAACACGUCGAUGACGAUGAUGCGUUGCAUGGGAUGCAUGCAACGGACGUGCAUGAUGGUUUGCCAAGCAAGGAACAUGGGGAAGAGCAGCAGGGAAGUGAGGCAGACGACGAGCAGGUCAUGGAGGAGCAGAAUGUCCAUGAAAAGGGUCGUGGUCUUUGUGUGCGACGUCCGACGCGACAUCUUGUUGAUAUCUAUGACACAGAGUUUGCAGGACAGGCGCGGGAUAACUCGGAAGUUCAAUAUCCGAUGUCAAACCAGGUGAGUUACCACCGGUUUUCCCCAGAACAUAAGGAUUAUCUUGCGGCCAUUAGCAAGGCAGAGGAACCGAAGAGCUUCAUGGAAGCUAUGAGGGAUCCUCGUUGGCGGGAAUCCACGAGAAAAGAGAUAGAGGCUCUAGUUGCAAAUGGAACAUGGGAUCUUGCGUUCCUACCACUAGGAAAGAAAGCUAUCGAGGCAAAAUGGGUCUUCAAAGUGAAGUAUAAGCCUGAUGGCACUGUAGAGCAUUUUAAGGCGCGCUUGGUUGCAAAGGGAUUCACCCAACUGGAGGGGAUAGACUUUCAUGACACCUUUGCACCAGUAGCCAAGAUUGUCACCGUUCGAGUUCUCAUUGCAGUAACAGUUAAUCGUGGAUGGCCACUACAUCAGCUCGACGUGAACAAUGCGUUCCUUCACGGAGAUCUUGAAGAGGAGGUGUAUAUGAAGCUACCUCCGGGCUUCGGUGAACCAGGAGACACGAGAGUUUGCCGACUAAAGAAGUCUUUGUACGGUCUGAGACAGGCGUCGCGCAAUUGGUACCAGAAGUUCAUUCUCGCUCUUGCGGAGCUCGGCUUCAAACCCUCUAAGGCCGAUCACUCUCUUCUCAUAUAUAAGCAUGACAAUAUUUUUGUUGCGGCAUUAAUAUAUGUUGAUGAUGUGAUCUUGACAGGUACAGAUCAAGCCUUUAUUACUCAAGUCAAGACGUACUUAGACAAAAAGUUCAGCAUUAAAGACCUGGGUAACCUGAAAUAUUUUCUCGGUAUAGAAGUGGCGAGAUCAACAGAUGGAGUAGUGUUAAGCCAAAGAAAGUACACCUUGGAUAUCUUGAGGGACACCGGUGUCACAGCCUCAAGGCCAAGCAGAUUCCCGAUGGAACAAAACCACACACUCACCAAACCAACGGAGGAGGUGGUUGAUGAUGUUGGUAGCUAUCGGCGACUAGUGGGGCGGCGCCUGUACUUGACGGUAACACGUCCUGACAUUUCUUACGCUGUUAAUAUUCUCUCACAGUUUGUGAACCGUCCUAGUCCAGAGCAUGUAGCGGCAGCCAUGAGAGUCCUUCACUAUCUGGAGAAAUCGCCGGGACAAGGCUUGUUUUUCCCGGCAGGUGGACACCUCGACCUCACGGCAUACUGCGACGCAGACUGGGCGGGCUGCCAGGCAACUAGGAGAUCGACUACUGGAUACUAUGUACAACUAGGUGGUGCACCAAUCUCGUGGAGAACGAAGAAGCAGAAGGUAGUAUCUCGCUCUUCGGCAGAGGCGGAGUAUAGGGCAAUGGCGAGUACAGUCAGUGAAGUUUUGUGGUUGCGGUUCUUACUAGCAGAACUUGGAGCACCACAGACAGGCCCUACCAUACUCCAUUGUGAUAACCAGGCUGCACUACAUAUCGCGGCAAAUCCGAUUUUCCAUGAGCGGACAAAGCACGUGGAAAUGGAUUGCUAUUUCGUACGAGAACGAGUGGCCUCCAGGGAGAUUGAGUCGACGAAGAUUAGUACCUCAUCUCAGCUGGCAGAUAUAUUCACUAAGGCACUAGGAACGGAGCAGUUCGAGUUUCUAUUGUCCAAGCUGGGCAUUCGAGAUCUUCAUGCAUCAGCUUGAGGGGGAGUGUUGAGCGGGAUCGUAUUGUAUAUAUUAUUUAUGUGAGAGGACCUUUUUGUUAUUGACCAGCAGAACCCUAUUACCCUAGUUGAUUGCAAAAGGGUAUAUUAAGGGUUAGCAGCCGCCAGGUUUAGGUGGUUGAAAAAAGAGAGCAGUACUCUAAGCUGCCGAAACUAAGAAGAGAUUAGCUGAGAGCUUCGGCUCUCCGUGGAGUAGUCUCGUUCACACUGAACGAGGAAACCACGUAAAUCGUCGUGUUGUUUGCUUCCGCGUUUACUUUAUUUUACAUUAUUUGCGUUUAUAUUGUGUAUUUUUGCUCAUCGAAACUUUUUUAGAACUACUCAUGUAGAGGCAAAAUAAACUGUUUCAUCGGUAGUUCGAUUGCAAACAGACUACCGCAUGUCGUUAUUGUUGGUCUUGUAAUAUGAUUCUCUUUGCUUAUGCCUUCAUGAAAAAGAAAACCUAACAAUUGAGUGGAGUUUGGUCAUCCAUUUUGGAUUGCUCUGUGCUUUCUUCUUCGUUAAAUUCUGAGAAGAUGGCGAAAGCUUGGAAUGUGUAUAGGAAGAUAGGUUCACGAACCAGGAGAAAGGUAAGCUUUAAGCAGAUAUUUCAAUUACUACUCCUGUUAACUAUAACUAACGGUUAACUGUGAUGCAGGUUAAUCACAAAUUGCUGCGAACAUAGUUGGUGAAUUAUUUAUUUAUGAUCUUUAGUAUGUUUCACUUUUUUUAGGGAAAUAACAAAGCUAUCCACCGCAUGACAGAAAUGGCUCUUUCAUUGACAUGUUAAUUAGUAAUUGACCGCCACUUUUAAGUUUCAAUCUCAUGUACUCCUAUCAAUUUACAAUUUAUCUACGAUAAAAAAACAUAAUUGGUAAAAGAGUUUACGGGUAAAUUACAAGUUUGGUCACUAGAAUUACUUAGAAAAUUCCACGUUUGCCUGUAAAAUUAAUUUAUUCCAUCCGUAGUCAUUUAGAUUAGUACAACAGUUCAAGUUUGGUUACUCUCCGUUAAUUUUUCUUAGCUUUAUCUAAAGUGACACUGGCAGUCAACUCUGAGAGUUGACCGUUAGAUAAGUGACGUGGCAAUUAAAAAAUUUUAAAUUUAAUCUUUUAAUAAUUCCACCUCAUUAUCACAAAAAAUAAAAAGAUAAAUAAUAAUUGCAAUAACAAAAAUGCAAAAUUGAAAAACCAAAAUCCAUUCCUCCGACCCUGGAUGAAUUCCAAAAAUACAUAUAUUUUUUAAAAAAUUCCCAAAAUACACACGUUAUAAAAAAUAUUCACAAAAUACACAUGUUUGGGCAUCACUGCAGCCGUCAACCGCAGUGAACGCAUUCACCACGGCAGACGAAAGCGGUGAAUGCAUCACAGCGGUUGACGACCGCAGUGAAUGCUUGACGUAAGACCGAAACUUCAAAUGAACAUAACUUUGCGCGCGAUUAUCCGAUUGCAGUGAAAUUUUUUUUAUUUCGCAUAACUUUUCAAGAUCUUUCAAUCUGCAACAAGCAUUUGUCUAAAAAAAUGUCGUUUGUUACCUUGAAUGAGCAAUUUUUCGAUUUUGCCAAACUUUGGAAGGCCAUAACUUUUAGCUCCUCAAUACGAGCGUCGUAAAGUUUUUUUUUAUUGAGCACAACUUUUUCAGAACUACAACUUUUACUAGGAAAGUAUUUUUUUUAAAAAUAAAUAUUUUUGGGUAUACUGGAUUUUGGGAAUAACUUUGCCUUAACUUUUCACAAAUCCACAUACAUUCCAAUUUUAUGGUUAGAAUCAAAGUUGUAGUACAUCAAACGUUAUGCAAAAUAAAAAAAGUUUCAUGACAUUCGGAUUGCGGAGCACAAAGUUAUGGUCUUUCAAAGUUUUUCAAAAUCGAUAAAUUGCUCGUUCCGGGUAGAAAACAAUUUUUUUUGGGAUGAAGGCAUGUUGCAGAUUGAAAGAUCUUGAAAAGUUACGUGCAAUAAAUAAACAUUCGCUAC